CAUCGACUCUCGAGAUCCGAUUCAGUCUGCGGAGAGAACUCGAGUCGUGAACAACGCGCGGAUACCCUUUCGCGAUUGGCGACGACGUGUGCGUCUGAUCCUUCGGCUGCUUCGAAAAUAAUUUUGUUCUUUCUUUUCAACCUUCUUGUGUGUGCUUCUUCGGUGAUACGGUGCGUGUGAUAUCUUCUUCCUUCUGCGGAUCAAGUGUGCGGUGCCGUCAAGUGAGUGCUGCGUUCUUGAAGAAGGAGUGUUGCGUGCUCUGUGGUGACUAUACAAACACGUUAUAGGCGGGUGCAAGCAGUGAAAUUGAAGAAUCUAAAUCGGUGCGUGCUAGGCAGUGCUGAUUACAAUCGGACGAGGUAAACCGGGAAAAUCCUGAUCCGUGGUGAAUCCGUAUGAGAAGCAGAUAGAGAGAGAGAGACGUUCUCUCCUUGGUCGCUGUUGAUUGGAAAUCGGGCGAAGGCACGCCGCCGUGGCUGCAAUAAUGACAGUGACGCGGCGACGCCGUGACGGUACGAGCAAGUGUCAAAGUUGCAUUGUUGAAGCGAAGCAGGUUCAUAAAGUCAUGUAAAGGUGUGAAGAUGAUGUUUUGAAGCGCGCACGUCCCCAUGACAUGCUGUGUUCGGUCGCCGCAUACUGUAGAAAAGCAGUCAGUGCAGUGUUUCGACAUAAAUAAAAGGGUUCAAAGUUCAUUAACCAUUCAAGCAGAAGAGGAAGAAGUGCUGCUGAUAGAAGCGUCAAAGCGACGGCUACGGUGUCUGGCAUCUAAGGUGUGUGUUCAACAAGGUGUUUCUGUCAAGGGGAAAUGAUGUCUGUGAAGUCGCUUUGAUUUAAAAAUUCGGUGCGAAGGGGCGUGGAAGUGUAGGUGUAGUGUUACCGAAGAAGACGACGACCAUAUUAUAGUGUGUUUAGAUUUGUGAUUGUUUUUGUUUUUCUCUCCGAUUCGAGGCGAGAGAAGAAUUCAAAUCGACUGCGAACGCAACAUAACAUAGAGAUUCGAGAAGCGAUCGCCGGAGGACGAUUCUUGCAGCCACAGCCAGCUGCUGAUAGGAUUGAUUGGAUUGUUUUCUUGUUUGCAACAGCGGGUGGUGACUGUUUGUGACGGUAUGGCCUAGUUGCUUACUUCUUUUUGAAACUCCAUUUGCCCGCUAAUCCACCCUGGACCGUCACCCUGGCGGACGGAACCACGGACGACGGUUAGGAGGCAGGAGCGGUGGCAGGGAGCGCGUUGGCAGCACUGCUGCGGCGACACCUUCGCACCUAGUGCUGCGCCAUGGAUCACGCGGUUCACGCUGCCCGAGGACGACCAUGGAACAAACUGCGCUUCGAGAACAACGAGCUGGAAUGCCUCUACCAGCGAUACACCCUCAAACUGCAGCGCUUCUCCGUGACCGGAGUGGUGGCCCUGGUCGUAGUUCUGUGCGGCGUCAUGGCCGGACUCAGCCUCGGCUACAACCAGGCGCCGACGUUACAUAACGUCUUCAACUCGUUCAUGUGUCUGAUGUUCGCGGUGGUCCUGGCGCUGCUGCAGUUCCGCUUCAUCCGGGACUCGCACCUGCCGUACCUGUGCUACGGCAUUCUGUUCUUCACGGCGGCCUUCUGCUUCAUCUCGAUGCCCACGGUGGGCAUUGUGUUCCCGGUGGAUACCCGGGAGGUGAUGGCAGAAGGCGUCUGGCAGAUUGUGUUCGUGGUGUUCCUGGCGUACGCCAUGAUGCCGCUGCAGAUCUGGGAGGCUGUGCUGUUCGGGAUCAUUUUGCCGUCGAUCCACAUCGGGCUGACCGGGUACAACAUUUACAACGAGAACUUCCAGUACUUGGCGUACCAACAGCUCGCAGCCAACAUCGUGAUCUUCGUGGGCGUUAACGUGGCCGGGCUGGUCGUCAACGUGAUGAUGGAGCGGGCCCAGCGACGGGCGUUCCUCGACACCCGCAACUGUAUUGCGGCCCGACUCGAGAUGGAGGACGAAAACGAGAAGCUGGAGCGGCUGCUGCUCUCGGUUCUGCCGCAGCACGUGGCCAUGGAGAUGAAAAACGACAUCCUGUCGCCGGUGGAGGGCCAGUUCCACAAGAUCUACAUCCAGAAGCACGAGAACGUCAGUAUACUGUUCGCGGAUAUUGUGGGGUUCACGGUGCUGGCGUCGCAGUGCAGUGCACAGGAGCUGGUCCGGCUGUUGAACGAGUUGUUCGGAAGGUUCGAUCAGCUGGCGCACGAUAACCACUGUUUGAGGAUUAAGAUUCUGGGGGAUUGCUACUACUGUGUGUCGGGGAUUCCGGAUCCGAGGGCGGAUCAUGCGCGGUGCGCCGUGGAGAUGGGACUGGACAUGAUCGAUGCGAUCGCCUCGGUCGUGGAACAGACGGAUGUGAUCUUGAACAUGCGGGUAGGGAUCCACUCGGGGAGGGUUCUGUGCGGGGUCCUGGGGCUCCGGAAGUGGCAGUUUGACGUGUGGUCUAACGACGUGACGAUGGCGAAUCACAUGGAAAGCGGCGGGGAGGCUGGACGGGUUCAUGUGACCCGAGCAACGCUGGACGCCCUCGGGGGAGAGUACGAGGUGGAGGCAGGUCACGGCGAUACGAGAGAUUCAUAUCUCCGAGACCAUCAGAUCGAUACGUAUUUCAUCGUACCGCCGGCUCAUCGGAGAAAGCCCCUGAUGUUGAACACCUUGGGGGUCCGUUCGGCGCUGGGGGCCGCCAACCGGCGGAAGCUCUCGUUCCGGAACGUUUCGAACGUGGUCGUCCAGCUGCUCCAUACCAUCAAGUACUCGGUGCCGGUGCCGUUCUCGCACAUGGCCACCGGCGGUUCACCUUAUCCAGGUGGCGGUGGCGGCGGUGGCAGCGGUCCUGGCAGUGGACCGGCCGGAGCUGGCCCCGGUGGCGGAAUGUUCCUCGACAAGAACGCCCGAAAGAACAAGGUCACCGACAAGUUCAAACGGCCGUUCAAGAAACGUCACUCCAGCGUGUACCAUCAACCGUCGAACCGGGUCAACAAGUUCCUCUCGCAGGCGAUCGAGGCACGGAGCGUCGAUCGCGAAAAGUCGGUCCACGUAAAGCGGAUCUCCUUGCAGUUCCGCGAGAAGGACAAAGAACGCCAGUACCACCAGGACUUCGAUCUGGGCUUCACCACCGCCAUGGGUUGCAGCUUGCUGCUGUUGAUUCUCAGCGCUGGAUUGCAGAUUUCGGCGUUACCUCGUACCUUGAUACUGCUGCUCCUGUUUCUGACGGCGUUCAUCUGGAUCAGUUCGAUCCUGAUGCUACUGCUGGCCGUAAGACUGAAAUGGAUCUUCUGGGACCUGUCGCAGAGUUUCUCGCUACGCCUGGCGAUCACCGUGUUUACGAUCGUUCUGUUGUACUCGGUCGGACAGGUCAACGUGUUUACCUGCCUCUCGGACCACCCCUGCACUACUAACUUCACAACGAAGGCCGUGGAUCCGUACCAUCACGGAUCCGUGGAUCCGGCGGCGGCUUCGGCGUCCUCGUCGGUGCCGGCAUCGCACGAAACAUACGUACCCUAUCCGGGAGACUCCGUAUCGUCACCUCCCGGAGUCAACUACGCUCACCGGAAGUGUGCCCUUCCGCAGUACAUUUCCCUGUCGGCGGCCUUCUCCUUCCUGACCGUGUCGAUAUUCCUGAGGUUACCGAUCAUGGUGAAAACGUUCCUGAUCAUGCUGAUGGGCGUCAUGUACUGCCUGUUCAUCGAACUCUCGCACACGAACAUCUUCGACUGCUACGAUCAGCGGGUGGAGUCGGCCAUUCCGCUGCACACGAUCUCACUGGCGAGGAUCAUCAUCUUCAUGAUUGCGAUCUUGGCGCACGGCCGGCAGGUCGAGUGGACGGCCCGGUUGGACUUUCUGUGGCAGCUGCAGGCCUCGCAGGAGAAGAAGGAGAUGUCGGUGCUGCAGCAGUCUAACAGGAGGAUCCUCUACAACUUGCUGCCGUCACAUGUGGCGUCGCACUUCCUGGACAACCACUUCAGCCGGAACAACAUGUCUAAUUCGCAGGGUACUCUCGGUGGCAAUCAGGAUCUGUACCAUCAGAGCUACAGCAAGGUCGGGGUGAUCUUUGCCAGUGUGCCGAACUUUCACGAGUUCUAUACUGAGCUGGACGGGUCUAAUCAGGGCGUUGAGUGUUUGCGGUUGUUGAACGAGAUCAUUGCGGACUUCGAUGAGCUGCUAUGCGAAGAGCGAUUCCAGUCGAUCGAUAAGAUCAAGACGGUGGGUAGUACUUAUAUGGCUGCGGUGGGGUUGAUCCCGGAGUUCAAGAUGUUGCCGAGCGAUCAGGGAUCGACGCGGAAGCUGAUGACAGCGUUGAUCGACUUCGUGAAGGCUAUGCGGGUCACGUUGAAGAACAUCAACGAGAAUUCGUAUAAUAAUUUCAUGCUGAGGGUUGGUGUGAACGUAGGGCCGGUCGUGGCUGGAGUUAUCGGGGCCAGGAAGCCACAGUACGAUAUCUGGGGAAAUACGGUGAACGUAGCUAGUAGAAUGGACUCGACGGGUAUUCCUGGGUAUACGCAGGUAACUCAAGAGGUGAUCGACAGUCUUCAGGGCAGUCACUUUGAGUUCAGGUGUCGGGGGCAGAUUAAAGUUAAGGGUAAGGGUGACAUGGUGACGUAUUUCUUGUGCGAGCAGAAUGAGAAUAUGCUGAAUGGAGCUGGAGCGAUGGGAGGGAUGAACGGGACGCGGGAUCGUCAGACGCCUGUCCCGAAUAUUAUUUCCAACUACCAAACCGAUAGCUUUCACCAUAUGAACAUUGCUCAGCCGGGGUGUUACCAGACGCAGGCUCCGGUUCUGCAACCUCAGAGUUACUACAUGAAACGGUCGGACAUGGACAGCGGGAGCAUGAAGAAUACCAAGUGGCAGAUGGGGAACGACAGCUUUUCGAAAAAGGAAAGCUACAACUUCCUAGAAAGCCCGAAUUUGCUUCAUCAACAAGCGCCAGUUGGGCAGCACCACUAUCAACAGCAGCAACAGCAAGCCCAGCAGCACCAGCUACAGCAGCAAGCACAGAUGAAGAUCGCUUACAAACACAACAACAUCAACAACAAUCACAUCGGCGCUGGUUACCAUGGCAACCAUCAUAACCAGCAAACCAACCAGAUAAACAACAACAAUAACAACUACGGCAAACGCAAUGACUAUCUCCAUGGCAACAGCUCGGUAGGUGGUCAGCACCAACCAAGCUACAACAUAAGGGAAAACUUCAACAUAAUCGAGAACCCGAACGUGAAGGAAGCAGACGAGAACAACUUUAACAAGUUGAACCACAGCGGCCACAAAGUCCGGAACAACAAAAACCAUCACCAUCAUCAUCACCAUCGACACGACCCCGGUGCGGGUAGCACCAGCCAUAAUCCCAGCAGUCGCUACGUUACAGCUUCAGAAAACGAACCGCUGCUUGGAUCCGGGAUGAUCGGUAAUGCCAUUAUCAAACCUAUUCAGCAGAUCCAACAAAUCCCCAAGUACGAACCUCCCCGGUACGCCACGGGAAGUUCUGCCUUCCCUCAUCAACCGAUGAACAACAACGCCAGCUACAAUUUCCCUGCAGCUCCCAGCUACCACCAACAGCAAGCACCGCCGCCGCAUCUCGUCCGGCAGCACCAACUAUACCAACAGCAGCACCAACAACAACAGCAACAGAUUCUUAAGCAGUACAUCAAGCCCCUACCCAAACUUCCCCACGAGUAUGACGAAUCUCGGGAAAUGUCCUCCACGGAUGAUCUCAGCUCCCGGCCGCACUCCCCCUCGGUUUCCUCGUCCGACGAGAGCUACUCCAAGACCACCGAAGGCGAAGAGCUGGACGGUCACUCUCCUCUCCCGGCCCGGACUUCCUACCCGAACAACUUCAACAACCCCCUGCAGUACCUCUACCCCGGAGACAUCCAGGUAGACCCAACGUCGCCGCCCAAGCUCAGCCCGAUCGAUUUCGCCAACAUGAAAGACUUCGAGGUGACCACGACGGCGGAAACCAAAUCCUCGGCGAACCCCAACAAGGGCGAAUCGUGCAAUAGCUUCGAGUUCCAUGACAAACCGGCUGCGCUGGCCGCCACCCAACCGCUUCAACCUCCAACGAACUUCCCCAAGUCGCCUUUUGAGCGGGAGCUUCAACGACGGCUUGCCGAGUCCCAGUCGCGGCCGAUGUUGGCCACCUCGGGCAGCGGCAACAACAACCUUGACCAUGUGCAAUCGGACGUGCACCGGCGGAACUCCGCCGAGAAGAUCAAGAACGUCAACAACCUGGUGCUGGCUAAGCACCCCGGAACGCUGGAGGCCAUCAAGGAAGCUACCCGGAAUAAGAAUCCUUCGGAGUCGAGUCAUAUGCAAACCUCGGACACGGAAUCGUGCGAGAUCAUCCACGACUACCGAUCGUCGGCUUCGGGAGGUGCCGGUGGCGGCCUUGGUUCGGUUGACCGUCGGCACCAACACCACCACCACCGGCAGCACCAUCACCAUUCGCAGUCGCCACGGUUGCAUCCGCGAAGCCACCACCUCAAGUACAACGCGGCGACCAAGAAGUCCUCCAACGAGACGUCCUCCAACAUCGAAGCGGACGAGGAUCUACGGCUGUCGAACGAAGCGGUCUACCGGGGCCGAGGACGGGACUCGGACGAUCUGCUCGACGAUGACGAACCGGACGAAGAGGACGUCGAAGAGGAGGAAGAAGAGUCCGAGGAUGACGACGACGAUGACGAGGAGGACGAGGAUGAGCAGGGACCGAGGCGAAACGCGAUCCGACGGGGGUUGAGCGGUUCCAACGGUGGGACCGGUAGCUGUGAUGCUACGAGAAACUACAUCUCGGACGAACUGAAGUACGGCGCGGGACACUCGCGGGACCGGGAUCGAGAUCUCAGCCAUCAUAGUCACAGCCAUCACAACAAUAGCCAUAGCUCGCACCACAACCACCAGUCGCUGGACUCGAACCCGGUGGAAAGUCAAUCCGAGUGGAGUGACGAUGAGUGUCGGGAGGAGGCGACCGGCGGAGCCGAGAGCACCGGUUACAUCACGGACGAACCCGGCCUGGAGAACAUCUCGCUACUGAACGAGGCCGGUCUCACCGACGCGGAGGGAGCCCUCUCGGACGUCAACUCCCUCUACAACGCACCGGACGUGGACGACACCUCGAUGUCGUCCCGGGCCAGCAGCCGCCUGUUGAGCUUGGACUCGCUGAGCGGCCUGUACGACUGUGAUCUGGACUCGCGGCACGAGAUGGCCAUCGUGAGCGCGUCGCACAAGAUUAGUAGUAAGUUUGGACCAACGACACCCAGUCAGGGGGCCACAGGGGGAAGCAGUGGGUCGGUGCAGCCGGUGGCGGUGUCAGCGGAAAAGGUGGUAACGGCGAGUGUCGGAACUGAAACGGCCGGUGGAAGCACUACCGGGUGAGGUACGGGUAGUGCCAGCGAUACGGGUCCCCCUAGUGGACCGGCUUCCGUUGGCCAGGUGAGUGCCGCUUCCGGAGAAGAGGACGAACAGCAGUAGCAGGUGCCGACCAGCACCGGUGCUGGCGGAGCCUUGACGAGACAUGGACUGUAAAUAUAGUGGUUAGGGAUUGAAAAGUGGUUUUCGAAGAUUUCGGUAGUGGCAUUUUAGUUCGUCGCUUCCGUUGAUUGAAUUAAAUGGAGUAUGGCGUUGUUUCGCUGAUUAAAGAUGCAUUUUCAAGGGUUUGUUUGGGUCAAUCUAGAGGAAAUUGAUGAUUGAAAAGCAUUCUUUACGCUAAAUUAUGUGAGGGUGACAAUUCGACGCCUAUUUAUUAUACUUCAUAGUGAGAAGAAAUUCAGCCUGAACCGCAUCUGACGACAGAUGCCUCUUCAAAUUCGCUGCAAAAUUUUCUCUUGAUUCUAUGCAGAAUGUUUUCUGGAUUCUGUGCAGAAUCCUCUCGGAAUUCGGAAACAUUUUAUGAUUCUUAGCAGAAUCCGCUCGAGAUUCUCUGCCGUAUCUUCUCGGGAUCCUCUGAUGAAUGCUCUCGAGAUUCACUGCAGAAUCCUGUCAGGAAUCUUUGCGCAAACCUCUGUGAAAUCUCUUUAAAAGUCUAUCGGGAUUUUCAUUAGAAACCUCUUGGGAUUCUCUGCAGAAUCCAUUCAAAAUUAUUUGCAGAAUUCUCUGCAGAAUCCUCUCGGAUUCUCUGCAGAAUCAGUUCAGAAUUAUUUGCAUAAUUCUCUCAGAAUUCUCUGCAGAACCUUCUCGGGAUUCUCUGUAGAAUUCUCUCGGGAUUCUCUGCAGAAUCCUAACGGGAUUCUCUGCAGAAUCGUCGUGCGAUUAGCUGCAGAAUCCUCUCAGGAUUCUCUGCAGAUUUCGCUCUGGAUUCUCUCCAGAAUUCGCUCCAUAUUAUAUCCAGAAUCCGCUCAAGAUAUCCUGCAGAAUUCUCUCAGGAUUCUUUUCAGAAUCUACUCAGGAUUCUCUGCAGAAUCCUGGCAAGAUUCUUUGCAGAAUCCUCGCAGGAUUUUAUUCGGAAACCCCGUGGGAUUCUUUGCAGAAUCCUCGCAGGAUUCUUUGCAGAAUCCUCUAUGGUUUCUCUACAGAAUCCUCUCCGGAUUCCCU